AUGGGCACAGACUGGCUAAUGGAAAAGCGAGGUUAUUUUGACAGGAUCGCAGCAUACGAGGAAGGGAGGAGCUUCACCCUGACUACUGAGAAGCGACAAGGGUACUGGGGUUCUGGGAGCAUGAUCAUGGCACUUCCUCUCGCCUUCGACUGGAAGCAGGAUCACAUCGUCAUCGUCAACCUAGAUGCCGAGGUGUUGACCAUACAGUUCGGCGCACAUUUUGACCUUUCCAACUUGCCGCGCGGGACCACGUCGUGGAAAAAUGCCAUAGUACCCAGCAUAUAUCGGCAAUACCCGACCGUGUCGCUCGACUUCUGUGGCACGGAUCAGAUGGCUGAGUCGGCCGUGGUACGGCGAACGCCAACACGGCUCUUGGAAGGAGAUAGAGUGGUUCGCGUUGUUCCAAACAGUAGUCUGUCUAGUGGGCGUGAUGUUUUUCUCACCCAUGCACUGACGGCAAUCUAUGGCGCCUACCACACAGAGAUUACACGUUUUGGCCUCGAGUGGCAGCCCGAUUCAUUCGUGUUGCGCGAGUUUGUAUUCGCUAUUCUAUCUAUCGCAUCAGGUGAAGCAGAAUUUAUCUCCCCCAAUUACUGUCGUGCCCCUCUUGGUCGUCAAUUGCCACGCGGAUGGUGUGAUGUCUGGUUCCCACGACGAGGGGCCAGUCCGGCAGCGGAGCGCUUGGCCACGUUUGGCUCAUUAUUCCACGAAGAGGGGCAAAAGGCUGGUGCGGCCCCAGCUGAGAAUAUAUACUGGAUGAAGGGGGUGGUGGUGAAGGUCUCGACUGUGGUUGAUGGGGUAGCGAUCCAAGAAGCAGUUGCCUGGGGGCAAGCGCAAGGGAAGCAUGCGUUUCUGGUGGUUGUGAUUUCCAUCUAUGAGAUUUGCUUUGCGGAGGUGCAUACGGGCGACGACAAGCAGCUAGUUAUUCGAUUCAGCGAAGCGGUGAAGCUUUCGCCGCUGCGAUGGGAAGAGUGCGUCGCGCUGCACCCUCUUACCCGACCUCAGUCUAGUGAGGAAGCUGGCAUGGACUUGACGCCGGGCGAGACGAUUACCUACCGUUACUUUACUGGAACGGCGCCAGGACUUGAGCAGCACUACACGGGCCUGGCAGCGCUGGUCAAGUUUUUGAAAGUGGCAAUGAUACGUGGUAUUCCCCCGCAAAGAAGAAGCGCGCUACCGCCAGAGAUUCUGGCACGGAUCAUGAGCUACACAGACAAAAGGACACUGGAGAAGUGCAUGCGACUGUCGCAAACGCUAUGUGGCUUUGGGUUUGCGGAUUUCCGAAUCGACGAGGAGUGGAAGAUUGCGGGACUACCAGAAGCACUGAGAAUCGAAGGCUGGGAGGAUUCCACAGAAGGGCUGCUCUAUUUUCGUGUCGCGAGACAAUCGACGGGCGAGAUUGUCAGGCUGGUGCAAGCCGUGCCUAGGGUAGCAGCAACGAGGGGAUGGUGCUGGCUGCCUCUAAUAACGGGAAGAGGAACGCGUGGAGUCUUGAUGGACAGGGUGCCGUUGAGAUUUGACUCGACGAGGCCUCAACGCACUAUCGGUUAUUAA